AUGUCCUUGGAACUGCCGUCCACUACGUCUUCGGCAGACAGCAUGUCGCCCAGCCUUGGUCAUAUAAGCUCCACUGGCGGCGCUUUAUCUACGCAGUCUUUGCAAGGAUUCCGUACCGUGUCGCUACCGGGACUGUAUCCUGGCACACAUCUAGGUAUUUUGGCAUCCGGACUAUUGGACAAGCGACGUGACGGCGCCGUACGUGGUGGAUGGGCCAAGCGUCUCUUUAUUUUGUCCACACGAAGCUUGCACUACUUCCGUAAGACGGAGGAUACCGAACUCUUUGGCAAGGAGCGGGGUCAGGUGCUGCUCUCAGAUAUUGCCUACGCAAAGGUCGUAAUGCCCGAGGACGCUCCUUUUGGUGCUGUGGAAACCGGGCUCUUGUCAUACUUUGUUGCAGUGCUAUCGAAACGAAAGACACUGGUGAUGUUUUUGCGUGCUGACUCCUUUGAGUAUGCCAGUAGCUGGGUCAGUAUCGUGAACAAUGCUGUGCACACUGCUAAAAGCGCCAAUUUUGCGCCACAAUGGACGGUAGAAAUCAUGCAAACAUUUAUUUCAGCUGCUUCCGGCAAUUCUGAAGAACCAGAACGAGCAGUAGCGGAAUUACCCACAGAGGUGGUAACAACGAGCCCAGCUGCAACGCGGCCAAUACCUUCGGUGCUUGUGAUUAGCGUGGUUUCUGGGCCUCUUGGCGCGUCGAGUACAACUGAGAGGUUAGUGAAAAGACGUGUUGAGCUCGGUAUGGAACUUCAGCUUGGCGCAUUUGAUCAAAAGGACACGUGUAUUAUCGUGCUGAGUAAUGGUGAAGAGCUCUGUAUUCCACGACGAAUGCUGGAAAAUGAUCUCAACAGUCUGCUUACUAGCACCAAACAGCUUGAAUUGACGACUCCGACGCGUAGUCAAUCGCUGCAUCCUCAUGUCGUGUUGAUGUCGAAAGUUUCCGUUUCUUUUCGAUGUGUACGGGCUUCUCCAGUGCCAACCUUACGACGAGACUCAAGCUCACAGCCAAUGAUGUCAUCGCUGCCUUCAACAUUCACUGUGGCUUUUCCAGGCACACUUGGCGGACUCUUCUUGAUAAGCUGUCUGGUAUCGUUUUACUGCGCAUCACCUUUUGCUGGCUUGAUGCAGAUCACGAUUGUGCUUGGUUUGCUCUUAUCCAUCUCACAGAUCAUGCAAUUUGUCAUCUGUGUAUUGGAUGUUCAAAGCCGCAAGCACCACAAUCCCGCGGUAACACCAAUCGGCGGGACCAGGAAAAUAGUGGCAACAGUGGGAAAUGAAGUUGUUUACUAUAUUACGGUCAACAAAAUUGAAGUGAUAGAAGCUGACCAAGAUCUGGAGUCUACGCUAUCCAAUACGACGUCUCCUACUGCGAGCGCUGCAGGUUCUACUGAGAUUGAAACAAAAACAAUCAGCGGCGGACCGAUUGCGUUUUCACCACGAUUCAUUGCAGGUGAAAAGGGCGACGUUGAAAAAGGUCGUGCACGAUAUUUGGCUACACUGGAGUGGCGCAAGGAAAAUGGUAUUGAUGAAAUCCUCGUGACGCCGCAUCCGAACUUUGAGAUAAUCAAGAAGUAUUAUCCCCAGUUUUUUCACGGUAGGACUCGUGACGGUCUACCUGUAUACUAUGAGCGACCAGGUAAAAUUGAUCUUCCAGCACUCAAACGCGAAGGUCUCUCCAUUGAUGAUUUGCUGCGUCACUACAUGUACAUUACGGAAUAUCUCUGGCGAGUGGUGGAACCGAACGACGAGGCGCGUUCUGUAACAGUGCUGGAUAUGUCUGGCAUUGGUAUGUACGACCUUGGUGGCGAAGUUUUGGAUUUUAUCAAGCGUGCCUCCGCAUUUACUGGUGCCCAUUAUCCUGAGCGCAGUGCUCACAUUUUUAUUGUGAACAUUCCUGGCUGGUUCAGUAUGGCUUGGCGUAUGGUGAAGCCGCUGAUCGAUCCUGUCACUCGCCAGAAAGUCCACAUGCUCAAGGGCAGUGCCAUUUUGAAAGAAUUGGAGACGUUGAUUGAUCAAGACAAUAUUCCAUUCGAUUUUGGAGGUAAUGGUGCCGCACUAGGUAACUCGAAGGAAGAGCACGUUUUGGCAGCACACGUAAACAAAUAUUUGUGA